UCUAGGGUGUCGCCGCGGUGGCUCCCAUUCGAAGGCGACGGCGGUCGUCUGUAUUUCGGUCUAAUCUCUACAGAAAAAAAAAAGCGAAAUUACUUGGAACAGACAGCAGAUUCGGCGCACUUUCAUGUCGUGAUUUUUCCCAGUUUCUUCUCGGUCGAGCUUGUCCCAGGGCUCUGGAAUGACGGGGUGUGCCGAGAAUUUGAAUUAGCUCGCCGUUAGUUUGAAGAAAGAGUGAAUCGGGGUAGAGUGCGAGAGAGGAGCCAUUUUGUCCCGACUGUGUGGGAGAAAAGAAAGAGUGAAAAAGAGGUAUCACACAGAAGGAGAUCCUGUUUUUGCUCUCAUGCUGUAAGGGGGGGUACCACGGUCGGGUUUGGGAAUCUAGAACUUCUAGGACGACUCUACAGGCACAUUAUUUUGGGUGGUGUUUAGCCAACUAGCUUGCCAAAGCUAAUCAACAAAUCCACAGUUUGUUAACUGUUAACAGCCAAGAGGACAGUUGUUGGUCAGGUUGGCCAAGGAGCUGGCUUUAGACUUCACAUAGGCAUACUCUAGGGUAUCGGUUUUUGUAUCUAUCGGGGUGAACACAAACUGAUUCUUCAAUGGCGAAGAAGACGUACGACUUGCUGUUCAAGCUGCUUCUGAUCGGCGACUCGGGCGUGGGGAAGACCUGUGUGCUGUUCCGCUUCUCUGACGACGCCUUCAACACAACCUUCAUCUCCACCAUAGGAAUAGACUUCAAGAUCAAAACUGUUGAAUUACAAGGAAAGAAGAUAAAACUACAGAUCUGGGACACAGCAGGGCAGGAACGGUUCCACACCAUCACCACCUCCUACUACAGAGGAGCCAUGGGCAUCAUGCUGGUCUAUGACAUCACCAACGCCAAGAGCUUCGAAAACAUCAGCAAAUGGCUGCGCAACAUUGAUGAGCAUGCAAAUGAGGACGUUGAGAGAAUGCUGCUAGGCAACAAGUGUGACAUGGAGGACAAGAGGGUCGUACCAAAAGCCAAGGGAGAGCAGAUUGCGAGGGAGCAUGGCAUUAGGUUUUUUGAGACGAGCGCUAAGGCCAACAUCAACAUCGAGAAGGCUUUCCUCACGUUAGCAGAAGACAUCCUCAGAAAGACGCCUGUAAAAGAGCCCAACAGUGAAAACGUCGACAUCAGCAGCGGAGGAGGAGUCACAGGCUGGAAGAGCAAGUGCUGCAGUUGAACAACUCCUCUGUUUCAGUCACACUAACGCACACAAACACACUCAGACACACACUCUCUCUCUCUCUCUCUCUCUCUCUCUCUCCCUCUCUCACUGCUAACUCUAACUUGCCCUCUAACCUGUCUCAUGAGUUUUCUUGCACACUGACACUCUGUCUCUUUAUCAGAAUAAAAACAAUAAACCACUUCAUAUGUCUAAUCCCCUUGUUCCCACUUCUGCACCCAACUAUGUUCCUCCACUCUGCAUCUAAUGAUCAUUUUUAUUUCUGAUAAAAAGAGAAAUCCAGUCACGUUUCUUGUCAUUUGUUUUAAAGUUUAAGUAAAAAAAAAAAAAAAAAAAGGAAAAAAAUGUGUGGAAAAGACAAGCUCAUAUUUUUAAUAUUUCCUUUGCACAGGCUCACCUGGUUGGACACCCUCACACCCCUCCCCCUUUAACCCCACCCACCCACAGCACUCACCUUCAGUCAGAGGAAAUCAAAGUUAAAACGAGAUAAAAAAGUAGGAUUAACAUUUUGUACAUUUAGUGAGGUUUCUGUUGUCUAACCGUAUUUGGUCAUUUACAAUUUGUUACCAAGUGACAGAGGCGUGGCUAGCUCCUUUUGUAUGUGGGGGUUUAUUUUGUCCUGUGCCUUAUAUGGAAGACAGGGGCGGGGCUGUGUGGUGGGCGGAGCCACAUUCAUUUAAUGAAAUUACAGUUUAAUAAUGUGUCGGUUCAGGCUCUCUUCAUGAAGACACCGAACUGAAGCUGAAGCGUUUGAAUUUCUCCUCCAGCCAAAAGAACGGCAUUAUACAGUAUGUCCUGUUUGUUGAUGUUUUAUUUUAUCUGUAUGAUUUAUUUCACUUUUUAUUUCUGUUUGUUUUUGUUUUGUUUUGUUUUUCUUCCUGCAUGCAGAUUUCUUUGGGUUGGAAACGUUUCUGUAACGUUGUGUAACUUUUGCCACUGGGUAACUGUGGGCGGGAGGUACAGAAAUUUUCUUUGGAAAUUCAAACAAUUUUGCAGAUCCAUUAAAAAAUAAGCUUGUUUAAGUUAA